GUUCGCAUGUCCAACCAUUCUGCAAAGUGCGGAGUAACAGCCACGCACACUAGAAAAAAGGUAAAACUUACUUAGGUGAGAGAGUGAGAAGAAGGAAGGGGAGAGAAAAACGCCCUGGACACCGAGGGAGACUCGGGUUGAUAGAGAGAGAGAAAAAAAAAAAAGUAUUUUAGAAGAGAGAAAUAACUUUUGAUUGGGAAGAUUAGAAGAGAGAAAUAACUUUUGAUUGGGAAGAGGAAGACUUGCUUUUAUCGACUGCUGGGACGGAGGAGGAGAAGAGGACACUGCCAAAGAUGCUCAAACUGCUGUGUUGAAGUUGUUGCAGCUCUGACUGCUCAUAGACAAACAAACAGAGAAAGACAAGAAGCAAAGAGACAGACAGCCUUGGCCUUGCUUGAGCAAUCCAAAGAAAACUAAGGCAGAAACAAACCACACCAGAGCAUAAGCAGAGGACAAGACAAAACAAAGGAUGGCUGAGGAGGAGGAAACCAGGGAGGUGCUCUUCUCUGACUGGUCGGGUCCAGAGAAACAGGGAAUGACCCUUGAGCAGUCAGGUGAAGGAGAGAUCUAUGUCAAAGAGGUGAAAAUGGAGUCGCCUGCUGGACGCACUGGAAGAGUACAUGAGGGUGAUCAAAUUGUGGGUGCAACCAUCUAUUUUGACAACAUGAGUUCCAAGGAGACGACGGAGCUCCUUAAGACCUUAAACAAACACAAGGUUGGACUGAAACUACAAAACAAGGACAAGUCACCCUGCCGUUCCCCCAUGGGAACUCUGUCACCCUGCCGUUCCCCAAUGGGAACUCUGACGUAUGAAGGGAAGGGAAGGUUUGGAGGCUCCAGCCAAGACAUUAUCCUGAGUGGGGAUGAUGAAGACUACAAGAGAAUAUAUUCCAAGAAGAUUAAGCCCCGGCUGAAGUCUGAGGAUCUGGCUGAGGGCGUGGACGUCCGUACGGAGCGCCACAGCAGCACCAGCACCGACGGCAGCACGAUCACUACCAUCACCCGUCGCAUCACUACCUACACUGUGGACAUGCCGGGGGGCGUGGAUGAGCAGCUUGAGCUAACCAGCCCAGAGUUCAAAGGGCUACGAUACGAGCAGUCAGGAGGGGACAGCUCAUCUCAAAUCCGAGUUUUGCACGGAAGCGGAAGCCCUUCAGGUAUAGGAGGCGGAUUGGAGGGGGGUGAUUUUGAACUAGGAGGUGAUGGUGUUUCUUUCACUGGGCCGGAUGUAACUAGCUCCUCUGAGAAGCACUGGAGCACUGGAGGGGUGAAGACCACCACUGUUACGAGGGAGAUAGAGGGGGGAGAUGGUGGAGCAGCAGGGAUCAGAUUCAAAGGACCUAGCUUUGGGAUGUCUGGGGCGAAGGGUCAGGGGGAGUUCGGCCUCUAUAGAGGGGGUCAGCAAGGGGAUGGGAGAUUUCAGGUUUCCGGUGACUCAGCUGACUACCAGGCAGGAUCAGUCAAUGUCACGGUCCCUGGAAGAACAACAACUAUUUCCUCCAGCUCCAUAUCAAUGGGUAAAGGGGAGGUGAGAGGAGUAGACGUUAAUUUGCCUGGGAGAGGCAAUGCAGACUGGAAGGGUAGGGUAGGAGGUUCAGUACCUGGAAUAACCAUUAGUGAUCAACAGAUGAGAGGGUCUGGGAGCGUAGGUCUCUCCGGAGGCAACCAGGGUGGGGUUUCCUUACCCAGUAUGCCAGGCAUUGAUACAGGGUUGAACGGAGGCAAGAUAUCAACAGACAUAAGAGCGCCAACACUUGACAUUAAUACCUCAGGUAUAAAGGAGUCUGGCUCAGUGAAAAUGUCUGUAAAAGGACCGUCGAUAAAAGAAACAACAAUUGAAAGUGAAAGCAAACUCAAAGGUGGCAUCAAAAUGCCAUAUUUUGGACUGAACACUGGAGGUGCAGAGAGCGAUGGAGAUGUUAAACUACCGCAGGUGAAGGGCACUGUGGAUGUUUCGGUUCCAGGGGUAGAUGUAGAUGUAUCAGGCCCAUCUAUGAAUGUGAAAGGAGGAAAGAAGAUGGGUGGUGUUGACAUCAAAGCACCCAAAGUUCAAGGUUCAGGUGUUGAUAUAGAAGGUCCAGAAGGCGGUUUCAAGAUACCCAAAGUAAAGAUGCCAUCAUUUGGAAUCAAAGGAGACGGAUUUGAGGGUCCUGAUGUCGAUGUCAACCUACCAAAAGCUGACAUUGACAUCAAGGCUCCCAAAGUUGACAUUAAAAGUCCAUCAAUAUCAGGACCAAAGAUCUCAAUGCCCGAUGUGGAUUUCAAACUGAAAGGCCCGAAAGUGAAGGGAGAUUUUGAUAUGUCAGGAGACCUCAAAGCACCCAAAGUAGACAUUGAAGGUCCAGAUGUUGACAUUGAAGGUUCAGGAGGAUUUAAGAUGCCAAAGAUGAAGAUGCCAUCAUUUGGAAUGAAAGGACACAAAGUUGAGGGUCCAGAUAUUGAUGUUAAUCUUCCUAAAGCUGACAUUGACAUCAAGGCUCCCAAAAUUGACAUUAAAGGUCCAUCAAUAUCUGGACCAAAGAUCUCAAUGCCCGAUGUGGACUUCAAUCUGAAAGGCCCGAAAGUGAAGGGAGAUUUUGAUAUGUCAGGAGACCUCAAAGCACCCAAAGUAGACAUUGAAGGUCCAGAUGUCGACAUUGAAGGUUCAGGAGGAUUUAAGAUGCCAAAGAUGAAGAUGCCCUCAUUUGGAAUCAAAGGACCCAAAGUUGAGGGAGAUGUUGAUGUCAAACUACCUAAAGGUGACAUUGACAUCAAGGGACCUAAUGUUAACAUCAAAGGUCCAGAACUUGACAUCGAAGGCCCUGACGGGAAAAUCAAGGGCCCAAAAUUCAAGAUGCCAUCAAUGUCAGGCCCAAAGAUCUCAAUGCCUGAUAUGGACAUCAAUCUGAAAGGUCCCAAGCUGAAGGGGGAUGUGGAUGUGUCAGUGCCAAAGAUAAAAGGAGACCUCAAAGCACCCAAAGUAGACAUUGAAGGUCCAGAUGUUGACAUUGAAGGUUCAGGAGGAUUUAAGAUGCCAAAGAUGAAGAUGCCAUCAUUUGGAAUGAAAGGACACAAAGUUGAGGGUCCAGAUAUUGAUGUUAAUCUUCCUAAAGCUGACAUUGACAUCAAGGCUCCCAAAAUUGACAUUAAAGGUCCAUCAAUAUCUGGACCAAAGAUCUCAAUGCCCGAUGUGGACUUCAAUCUGAAAGGCCCGAAAGUGAAGGGAGAUUUUGAUAUGUCAGGAGACCUCAAAGCACCCAAAGUAGACAUUGAAGGUCCAGAUGUUGACAUUGAAGGUUCAGGAGGAUUUAAGAUGCCAAAGAUGAAGAUGCCAUCAUUUGGAAUGAAAGGACACAAAGUUGAGGGUCCAGAUAUUGAUGUUAAUCUUCCUAAAGCUGACAUUGACAUCAAGGCUCCCAAAAUUGACAUUAAAGGUCCAUCAAUAUCUGGACCAAAGAUCUCAAUGCCCGAUGUGGACUUCAACCUGAAAGGUCCAAAGGUGAAGGGAGAUUUUGAUAUGUCAGGAGACCUCAAAGCACCCAAAGUAGACAUUGAAGGUCCAGAUGUUGACAUUGAAGGUUCAGGAGGAUUUAAGAUGCCAAAGAUGAAGAUGCCAUCAUUUGGAAUGAAAGGACACAAAGUUGAGGGUCCAGAUAUUGAUGUUAAUCUUCCUAAAGCUGACAUUGACAUCAAGGCUCCCAAAAUUGACAUUAAAGGUCCAUCAAUAUCUGGACCAAAGAUCUCAAUGCCCGAUGUGGACUUCAACCUGAAAGGUCCAAAGGUGAAGGGAGAUUUUGAUAUGUCAGGAGACCUCAAAGCACCCAAAGUAGACAUUGAAGGUCCAGAUGUUGACAUUGAAGGUUCAGGAGGAUUUAAGAUGCCAAAGAUGAAGAUGCCAUCAUUUGGAAUGAAAGGACACAAAGUUGAGGGUCCAGAUAUUGAUGUUAAUCUUCCUAAAGCUGACAUUGACAUCAAGGCUCCCAAAAUUGACAUUAAAGGUCCAUCAAUAUCUGGACCAAAGAUCUCAAUGCCCGAUGUGGACUUCAAUCUGAAAGGCCCGAAAGUGAAGGGAGAUUUUGAUAUGUCAGGAGACCUCAAAGCACCCAAAGUAGACAUUGAAGGUCCAGAUGUUGACAUUGAAGGUUCAGGAGGAUUUAAGAUGCCAAAGAUGAAGAUGCCCUCAUUUGGAAUCAAAGGACCCAAAGUUGAGGGAGAUGUUGAUGUCAAACUACCUAAAGGUGACAUUGACAUCAAGGCUCCCAAAGUUGACAUUAAAGGUCCAUCAAUAUCUGGACCAAAGAUCUCAAUGCCCGAUGUGGACUUCAACCUGAAAGGUCCAAAGGUGAAGGGAGAUUUUGAUAUGUCAGGAGACCUCAAAGCACCCAAAGUAGACAUUGAAGGUCCAGAUGUUGACAUUGAAGGUUCAGGAGGAUUUAAGAUGCCAAAGAUGAAGAUGCCAUCAUUUGGAAUGAAAGGACACAAAGUUGAGGGUCCAGAUAUUGAUGUUAAUCUUCCUAAAGCUGACAUUGACAUCAAGGCUCCCAAAAUUGACAUUAAAGGUCCAUCAAUAUCUGGACCAAAGAUCUCAAUGCCCGAUGUGGACUUCAACCUGAAAGGUCCAAAGGUGAAGGGAGAUUUUGAUAUGUCAGGAGACCUCAAAGCACCCAAAGUAGACAUUGAAGGUCCAGAUGUUGACAUUGAAGGUUCAGGAGGAUUGAAGAUGCCAAAGAUGAAGAUGCCAUCAUUUGGAAUGAAAGGACACAAAGUUGAGGGUCCAGAUAUUGAUGUUAAUCUUCCUAAAGCUGACAUUGACAUCAAGGCUCCCAAAAUUGACAUUAAAGGUCCAUCAAUAUCUGGACCAAAGAUCUCAAUGCCCGAUGUGGACUUCAAUCUGAAAGGCCCGAAAGUGAAGGGAGAUUUUGAUAUGUCAGGAGACCUCAAAGCACCCAAAGUAGACAUUGAAGGUCCAGAUGUUGAUAUUGAAGGUUCAGGAGGAUUUAAGAUGCCAAAGAUGAAGAUGCCGUCAUUUGGAUUCAAAGGACACAAAGUUGAGGGUCCAGAUAUUGAUGUCAACCUACCAAAAGCUGACAUUGACAUCAAGAAUCCCAAAGUUGACAUUAAAGGUCCAUCAAUAUCAGGACCAAAGAUUUCAAUGCCUGACAUGGACUUCAACCUGAAAGGUCCAAAGGUGAAGGGAGAUUUUGACAUGUCAGGAGACCUCAAAGCACCCAAAGUAGACAUUGAUGGUCCAGAUGUUGACAUUGAAGGUUCAGGAGGAUUUAAGAUGCCAAAGAUGAAGAUGCCCUCAUUUGGAAUCAAAGGACCCAAAGUUGAGGGAGAUGUUGAUGUCAAACUACCUAAAGGUGACAUUGACAUCAAGGGAGCUAAUGUUAACAUCAAAGGUCCAGAACUUGACAUCGAAGGCCCUGAUGGGAAAAUUAAGGGCCCAAAAUUCAAGAUGCCAUCAGUGUCAGGCCCAAAUAUCUCAAUGCCCGAUGUGGACUUCAAUCUGAAAGGUCCAAAGGUAAAGGGAGAUUUCGAUAUGUCAGGAGACCUCAAAGCACCCAAAGUAGACAUUGAAGGUCCAGAUGUUGACAUUGAAGGUUCAGGAGGAUUUAAGAUGCCAAAGAUGAAGAUGCCAUCAUUCGGAAUUAAAGGACACAAAGUUGAGGUUCCAGAUAUUGAUGUUAAUCUACCAAAAGCUGACAUUGACAUCAAGGCUCCCAAAGUGGACAUCAAAGGUCCAGAACUUGACAUUGAAGGCCCUGAUGGUAAAAUCAAAGGUUCGAAAUUCAAGAUGCCAUCCAUAUCAGGACCAAACAUCUCAAUGCCUGACAUGGACUUCAACCUGAAAGGUCCAAAGGUGAAGGGAGAUUUUGAUAUGUCAGGAGACCUCAAAGCACCCAAAGUAGACAUUGAAGGUCCAGAUGUUGACAUUGAAAGUUCAGGAGGAUUUAAGAUGCCAAAGAUGAAGAUGCCGUCAUUUGGAUUCAAAGGACACAAAGUUGAGGGUCCAGAUAUUGAUGUUAAUCUACCUAAAGCUGACAUUGACAUUAAGGGGCCCAAAGUGGACAUCAAAGGUCCAGAACUUGACAUUGAAGGCCCUGAUGGUAAAAUCAAAGGUUCGAAAUUCAAGAUGCCAUCCAUAUCAGGACCAAACAUCUCAAUGCCUGACAUGGACUUAACCCUGAAAGGUCCAAAGGUGAAGGGAGAUUUUGAUAUGUCAGGAAACCUCAAAGCACCCAAAGUAGACAUUGAAGGUCCAGAUGUUGACAUUGAAGGUUCAGGAGGAUUUAAGAUGCCAAAGAUGAAGAUGCCGUCAUUUGGAUUCAAAGGACACAAAGUUGAGGGUCCAGAUAUUGAUGUUAAUCUUCCUAAAGCUGACAUUGACAUUAAGGGUCCCAAAGUUGACAUCAAAGGUCCAGAACUUGACAUUGAAGGCCCUGAUGGUAAAAUCAAAGGUUCGAAAUUCAAGAUGCCAUCCAUAUCAGGACCAAACAUCUCAAUGCCUGACAUGGACUUCAACCUGAAAGGUCCAAAGGUGAAGGGAGAUUUUGAUAUGUCAGGAGACCUCAAAGCACCCAAAGUAGACAUUGAAGGUCCAGAUGUUGACAUUGAAGUUGAGGGUCCAGAUAUUGAUGUUAAUCUUCCUAAAGCUGACAUUGACAUCAAGGCUCCCAAAAUUGACAUUAAAGGUCCAUCAAUAUCUGGACCAAAGAUCUCAAUGCCCGAUGUGGACUUCAAUCUGAAAGGCCCGAAAGUGAAGGGAGAUUUUGAUAUGUCAGGAGACCUCAAAGCACCCAAAGUAGACAUUGAAGGUCCAGAUGUUGACAUUGAAGGUUCAGGAGGAUUUAAGAUGCCAAAGAUGAAGAUGCCCUCAUUUGGAAUCAAAGGACCCAAAGUUGAGGGAGAUGUUGAUGUCAAACUACCUAAAGGUGAUUUUGACAUCAAGGGACCAAAUGUUAACAUCAAAGGUCCAGAACUUGACAUCGAAGGCCCUGACGGGAAAAUCAAGGGCCCAAAAUUCAAGAUGCCAUCAGUGUCAGGCCCAAAGAUCUCAAUGCCUGAUGUGGACUUCAAUCUGAAAGGUCCGAAGCUGAAGGGGGAUGUGGAUGUGUCAGUGCCAAAGAUAAAAGGAGACCUCAAAGCACCCAAAGUAGACAUUGAAGGUCCAGAUGUUGACAUUGAAGGUUCAGGAGGAUUUAAGAUGCCAAAGAUGAAGAUGCCAUCAUUUGGAAUGAAAGGACAUAAAGUUGAGGGUCCAGAUAUUGAUGUCAACCUACCAAAAGCUGACAUUACAUUAAGGGGGCCCAAAGUGGACAUCAAAGGUCCAGAACUUGACAUUGAAGGCCCUGAUGGUAAAAUCAAAGGUUCGAAAUUCAAGAUGCCAUCCAUAUCAGGACCAAACAUCUCAAUGCCUGACAUGGACUUCAACCUGAAAGGACCCAAAGUUGAGGGAGAUGUUGAUGUCAAACUACCUAAAGGUGAUUUUGACAUCAAGGGACCAAAUGUUAACAUCAAAGGUCCAGAACUUGACAUCGAAGGCCCUGACGGGAAAAUCAAGGGCCCAAAAUUCAAGAUGCCAUCAGUGUCAGGCCCAAAGAUCUCAAUGCCUGAUGUGGACUUCAAUCUGAAAGGUCCGAAGCUGAAGGGGGAUGUGGAUGUGUCAGUGCCAAAGAUAAAAGGAGACCUCAAAGCACCCAAAGUAGACAUUGAAGGUCCAGAUGUUGACAUUGAAGGUUCAGGAGGAUUUAAGAUGCCAAAGAUGAAGAUGCCAUCAUUUGGAAUGAAAGGACAUAAAGUUGAGGGUCCAGAUAUUGAUGUCAACCUACCAAAAGCUGACAUUGACAUUAAGGGGCCCAAAGUGGACAUCAAAGGUCCAGAACUUGACAUUGAAGGCCCUGAUGGUAAAAUCAAAGGUUCGAAAUUCAAGAUGCCAUCCAUAUCAGGACCAAACAUCUCAAUGCCUGACAUGGACUUCAACCUGAAAGGUCCAAAGGUGAAGGGAGAUUUUGAUAUGUCAGGAGACCUCAAAGCACCCAAAGUAGACAUUGAAGGUCCAGAUGUUGACAUUGAAGGUUCAGGAGGAUUUAAGAUGCCAAAGAUGAAGAUGCCAUCAUUUGGAAUGAAAGGACACAAAAUCUCAAUGCCCGAUGUGGACUUCAAUCUGAAAGGACCCAAAGUUGAGGGAGAUGUUGAUGUCAAACUACCUAAAGGUGAUUUUGACAUCAAGGGACCUAAUGUUAACAUCAAAGGUCCAGAACUUGACAUCGAAGGCCCUGACGGGAAAAUCAAGGGCCCAAAAUUCAAGAUGCCAUCAGUGUCAGGCCCAAAGAUCUCAAUGCCUGAUGUGGACUUCAAUCUGAAAGGUCCGAAGCUGAAGGGGGAUGUGGAUGUGUCAGUGCCAAAGAUAAAAGGAGACCUCAAAGCACCCAAAGUAGACAUUGAAGGUCCAGAUGUUGACAUUGAAGGUUCAGGAGGAUUUAAGAUGCCAAAGAUGAAGAUGCCAUCAUUUGGAAUGAAAGGACAUAAAGUUGAGGGUCCAGAUAUUGAUGUCAACCUACCAAAAGCUGACAUUGACAUUAAGGGGCCCAAAGUGGACAUCAAAGGUCCAGAACUUGACAUUGAAGGCCCUGAUGGUAAAAUCAAAGGUUCGAAAUUCAAGAUGCCAUCCAUAUCAGGACCAAACAUCUCAAUGCCUGACAUGGACUUCAACCUGAAAGGUCCAAAGGUGAAGGGAGAUUUUGAUAUGUCAGGAGACCUCAAAGCACCCAAAGUAGACAUUGAAGGUCCAGAUGUUGACAUUGAAGGUUCAGGAGGAUUUAAGAUGCCAAAGAUGAAGAUGCCCUCAUUUGGAAUCAAAGGACCCAAAGUUGAGGGAGAUGUUGAAGUCAAACUACCUAAAGGUGACAUUGACAUCAAGGGAGCUAAUGUUAACAUCAAAGGUCCAGAACUUGACAUCGAAGGCCCUGAUGGGAAAAUUAAGGGCCCAAAAUUCAAGAUGCCAUCAGUGUCAGGCCCAAAGAUCUCAAUGCCCGAUGUGGACUUCAAUCUGAAAGGCCCGAAAGUGAAGGGAGAUUUUGAUAUGUCAGGAGACCUCAAAGCACCCAAAGUAGACAUUGAAUGUCCAGAUGUUGACAUUGAAGGUUCAGGAGGAUUUAAGAUGCCAAAGAUGAAGAUGCCAUCAUUCGGAAUCAAAGGACACAAAGUUGAGGGUCCAGAUAUUGAUGUUAAUCUUCCUAAAGCUGACAUUGACAUUAAGGGGCCCAAAGUGGACAUCAAAGGUCCAGAACUUGACAUUGAAGGCCCUGAUGGUAAAAUCAAAGGUUCGAAAUUCAAGAUGCCAUCCAUAUCAGGACCAAACAUCUCAAUGCCUGACAUGGACUUCAACCUGAAAGGUCCAAAGGUGAAGGGAGAUUUUGAUAUGUCAGGAGACCUCAAAGCACCCAAAGUAGACAUUGAAGGUCCAGAUGUUGAUAUUGAAGGUUCAGGAGGAUUUAAGAUGCCAAAGAUGAAGAUGCCGUCAUUUGGAUUCAAAGGACACAAAGUUGAGGGUCCAGAUAUUGAUGUUAAUCUACCUAAAGCUGACAUUGACAUCAAGGGGCCCAAAGUGGACAUCAAAGGUCCAGAACUUGACAUUGAAGGCCCUGAUGGUAAAAUCAAAGGUUCGAAAUUCAAGAUGCCAUCCAUAUCAGGACCAAACAUCUCAAUGCCUGACAUGGACUUCAAUCUGAAAGGUCCGAAAGUGAAGGGAGAUUUUGAUAUGUCAGGAGACCUCAAAGCACCCAAAGUAGACAUUGAUGGUCCAGAUGUUGACAUUGAAGGUUCAGGAGGAUUUAAGAUGCCAAAGAUGAAGAUGCCCUCAUUUGGAAUCAAAGGACCCAAAGUUGAGGGAGAUGUUGAUGUCAACCUACCAAAAGCUGACAUUGACAUCAAGGGACCUAAUAUUAACAUCAAAGGUCCAGAACUUGACAUUGAAGGCCCUGAUGGGAAAAUUAAGGGCCCAAAAUUCAAGAUGCCAUCAGUGUCAGGCCCAAAGAUCUCAAUGCCCGAUGUGGACUUCAAUCUUAAAGGUCCUAAGCUGAAGGGGGAUGUGGAUGUGUCAGUGCCAAAGAUAAAAGGAGACCUCAAAGCACCCAAAGUAGACAUUGAAGGUCCAGAUGUUGACAUUGAAGGUUCAGGAGGAUUUAAGAUGCCAAAGAUGAAGAUGCCAUCAUUCGGAAUUAAAGGACACAAAGUUGAGGGUCCAGAUAUUGAUGUUAAUCUUCCUAAAGCUGACAUUGACAUUAAGGGGCCCAAAGUGGACAUCAAAGGUCCAGAACUUGACAUUGAAGGCCCUGAUGGUAAAAUCAAAGGUUCGAAAUUCAAGAUGCCAUCCAUAUCAGGACCAAACAUCUCAAUGCCUGACAUGGACUUCAACCUGAAAGGUCCAAAGGUGAAGGGAGAUUUUGAUAUGUCAGGAGACCUCAAAGCACCUAAAGUAGACAUUGAAGGUCCAGAUGUUGAUAUUGAAGGUCCAGAACUUGACAUUGAAGGCCCUGAUGGUAAAAUCAAAGGUUCGAAAUUCAAGAUGCCAUCCAUAUCAGGACCAAACAUCUCAAUGCCUGACAUGGACUUCAACCUGAAAGGUCCAAAGGUGAAGGGAGAUUUUGAUAUGUCAGGAGACCUCAAAGCACCCAAAGUAGACAUUGAAGGUCCAGAUGUUGACAUUGAAGGUUCAGGAGGAUUUAAGAUGCCAAUGAUGAAGAUGCCGUCAUUUGGAUUCAAAGGACACAAAGUUGAGGGUCCAGAUAUUGAUGUUAAUCUACCUAAAGCUGACAUUGACAUUAAGGGGCCCAAAGUGGACAUCAAAGGUCCAGAACUUGACAUUGAAGGCCCUGAUGGUAAAAUCAAAGGUUCGAAAUUCAAGAUGCCAUCCAUAUCAGGACCAAACAUCUCAAUGCCUGACAUGGACUUCAACCUGAAAGGUCCAAAGGUGAAGGGAGAUUUUGAUAUGUCAGGAGACCUCAAAGCACCCAAAGUAGACAUUGAAGGUCCAGAUGUUGACAUUGAAGGUUCAGGAGGAUUUAAGAUGCCAAAGAUGAAGAUGCCAUCAUUCGGAAUCAAAGGACACAAAGUUGAGGGUCCAGAUAUUGAUGUUAAUCUUCCUAAAGCUGACAUUGACAUUAAGGGGCCCAAAGUGGACAUCAAAGGUCCAGAACUUGACAUUGAAGGCCCUGAUGGUAAAAUCAAAGGUUCAAAAUUCAAGAUGCCAUCCAUAUCAGGACCAAACAUCUCAAUGCCUGACAUGGACUUCAACCUGAAAGGUCCAAAGGUGAAGGGAGAUUUUGAUAUGUCAGGAGAUCUCAAAGCACCCAAAGUAGACAUUGAAGGACCAGAUGUUGACAUUGAAGGAGAUAUCAAUGUCAAAGGACCGAAAGGUAGUCUUGAGCUUGAUGUUGGGGCUACAAGCCCUAAAGUCAAAGGAUCCAAAUUCAAAAUGCCUAAAUUUGGAUUCAAAAGCCCGAAGGUAGAGAUACCAGAUGUAGAUAUUAACCUUCCUAAAGGUGACAUUGACUUCAAGGGACCCAGUGUCGAUAUUAAAGGUCCGGAAAUUGACAUUGAAAGCCCUGACGGCAAAAUCAAGGGCCCAAAAUACAAGAUGCCGUCAAUGUCAGGACCAAAAAUCUCCAUGCCUGAUGUGGACUUCAACCUGAAAGGUCCAAAGAUGAAAGGAGAUAUCAAUAUACCAGUCCCCAAGAUCGAAGGAGACAUCAAAGGACCAAACCUAGACAUUGAAGGUCCAGAUGCUAAAAUCAAAGGGCCAAAAUUCAAGAUGCCAUCCAUAUCAGGACCAAACAUCUCAAUGCCUGACAUGGACUUCAACCUGAAAAGUCCAAAGGUAAAGGGAGAUUUCGAUGUUUCAGUCCCCAAGAUCGAAGGAGACCUCAAAGCACCCAAAGUAGACAUUGAAGGUCCAGAUAUUGACAUUGAAGGUUCAGGAGGAUUUAAGAUGCCAAAGAUGAAGAUGCCAUCAUUUGGAUUCAAAGGAUACAACGUUGAGGGUCCAAAUAUUGAUGUUAAUCUACCUAAAGCUGACAUUGACGUUAAGGGGCCCAAAGUGGACAUCAAAGGUCCAGAACUUGACAUUGAAGGCCCAGAUGGUAAAAUCAAAGGGCCAAAAUUCAAGAUGCCUUCCAUAUCAGGACCAAACAUCUCAAUGCCUGACAUGGACUUCAACCUGAAAGGUCCAAAGGUGAAGGGAGAUUUUGAUAUGUCAGGAGACCUCAAAGCACCCAAAGUAGACAUUGAAGGUCCAGAUGUUGACAUUGAAGGUUCAGGAGGAUUUAAGAUGCCAAAGAUGAAGAUGCCAUCAUUCGGAAUCAAAGGACACAAAGUUGAGGGUCCAGAUAUUGAUGUUAAUCUUCCUAAAGCUGACAUUGACAUUAAGGGGCCCAAAGUGGACAUCAAAGGUCCAGAACUUGACAUUGAAGGCCCUGAUGGUAAAAUCAAAGGUUCGAAAUUCAAGAUGCCAUCCAUAUCAGGACCAAACAUCUCAAUGCCUGACAUGGACUUCAACCUGAAAGGUCCAAAGGUGAAGGGAGAUUUUGAUAUGUCAGGAGACCUCAAAGCACCCAAAGUAGACAUUGAAGGUCCAGAUGUUGACAUUGAAGGUUCAGGAGGAUUUAAGAUGCCAAAGAUGAAGAUGCCAUCAUUCGGAAUGAAAGGACACAAAGUUGAGGGUCCAGAUAUUGAUGUUAAUCUUCCUAAAGCUGACAUUGACAUUAAGGGGCCCAAAGUGGACAUCAAAGGUCCAGAACUUGACUUUGAAGGCCCUGAUGGUAAAAUCAAAGGUUCGAAAUUCAAGAUGCCAUCCAUAUCAGGACCAAACAUCUCAAUGCCUGACAUGGACUUCAACCUGAAAGGUCCAAAGGUGAAGGGAGAUUUUGAUAUGUCAGGAGAUCUCAAAGCACCCAAAGUAGACAUUGAAGGUCCAGAUGUUGACAUUGAAGGUUCAGGAGGAUUUAAGAUGCCAAAGAUGAAGAUGCCGUCAUUUGGAUUCAAAGGACACAAAGUUGAGGGUCCAGAUAUUGAUGUUAAUCUACCUAAAGCUGACAUUGACAUUAAGGGGCCCAAAGUGGACAUCAAAGGUCCAGAACUUGACAUUGAAGGCCCUGAUGGCAAAAUCAAAGGUUCGAAAUUCAAGAUGCCAUCCAUAUCAGGACCAAACAUCUCAAUGCCUGACAUGGACUUCAACCUGAAAGGUCCAAAGGUGAAGGGAGAUUUUGAUAUGUCAGGAGACCUCAAAGCACCCAAAGUAGACAUUGAAGGUCCAGAUGUUGAUAUUGAAGGUUCAGGAGGCUUUAAGAUGCCAAAGAUGAAGAUGCCGUCAUUUGGAUUCAAAGGACACAAAGUUGAGGGUCCAGAUAUUGAUGUUAAUCUUCCUAAAGCUGACAUUGACAUUAAGGGGCCCAAAGUGGACAUCAAAGGUCCAGAACUUGACAUUGAAGGCCCUGAUGGUAAAAUCAAAGGGCCGAAAUUCAAGAUGCCAUCAAUAUCUGGCCCAAAAAUCUCCAUGCCUGAUGUGGACUUCAACCUGAAAGGUCCAAAGGUGAAGGGAGAUUUUGAUAUGUCAGGAGACCUCAAAGCACCCAAAAUAGACAUUGAAGAUCCAGAUGUUGACAUUGAAGGUUCAGGAGGGUUUAAGAUGCCAAAGAUGAAGAUGCCAUCAUUCGGAAUCAAAGGACACAAAGUUGAGGGUCCAGAUAUUGAUGUUAAUCUUCCUAAAGCUGACAUUGACAUUAAGGGGCCCAAAGUGGACAUCAAAGGUCCAGAACUUGAUAUUGAAGGCCCUGAUGGUAAAAUUAAAGGUUCGAAAUUCAAGAUGCCAUCCAUAUCAGGACCAAACAUCUCAAUGCCUGACAUGGACUUCAACCUGAAAGGUCCAAAGGUGAAGGGAGAUUUUGAUAUGUCAGGAGACCUCAAAGCACCCAAAGUAGACAUUGAAGGUCCAGAUGUUGACAUUGAAGGUCCAGAACUUGACUUUGAAGGCCCUGAUGGUAAAAUCAAAGGUUCGAAAUUCAAGAUGCCAUCCAUAUCAGGACCAAACAUCUCAAUGCCUGACAUGGACUUCAACCUGAAAGGUCCAAAGGUGAAGGGAGAUUUUGAUAUGUCAGGAGACCUCAAAGCACCCAAAGUAGACAUUGAAGGUCCAGAUGUUGAUAUUGAAGGUUCAGGAGGCUUUAAGAUGCCAAAGAUGAAGAUGCCGUCAUUUGGAUUCAAAGGACACAAAGUUGAGGGUCCAGAUAUUGAUGUUAAUCUUCCUAAAGCUGACAUUGACAUUAAGGGGCCCAAAGUGGACAUCAAAGGUCCAGAACUUGACAUUGAAGGCCCUGAUGGUAAAAUCAAAGGGCCGAAAUUCAAGAUGCCAUCAAUAUCUGGCCCAAAAAUCUCCAUGCCUGAUGUGGACUUCAACCUGAAAGGUCCAAAGGUGAAGGGAGAUUUUGAUAUGUCAGGAGACCUCAAAGCACCCAAAAUAGACAUUGAAGGUCCAGAUGUUGACAUUGAAGGUUCAGGAGGGUUUAAGAUGCCAAAGAUGAAGAUGCCAUCAUUCGGAAUCAAAGGACACAAAGUUGAGGGUCCAGAUAUUGAUGUUAAUCUUCCUAAAGCUGACAUUGACAUUAAGGGGCCCAAAGUGGACAUCAAAGGUCCAGAACUUGACAUUGAAGGCCCUGAUGGUAAAAUCAAAGGUUCGAAAUUCAAGAUGCCAUCCAUAUCAGGACCAAACAUCUCAAUGCCUGACAUGGACUUCAACCUGAAAGGUCCAAAGGUGAAGGGAGAUUUUGAUAUGUCGGGAGACCUCAAAGCACCCAAAGUAGACAUUGAAGGUCCAGAUGUUGACAUUGAAGGUUCAGGAGGAUUUAAGAUGCCAAAGAUGAAGAUGCCGUCAUUUGGAUUCAAAGGACACAAAGUUGAGGGUCCAGAUAUUGAUGUUAAUCUACCUAAAGCUGACAUUGACAUUAAGGGGCCCAAAGUGGACAUCAAAGGUCCAGAACUUGACAUUGAAGGCCCUGAUGGUAAAAUCAAAGGGCCGAAAUUCAAGAUGCCAUCAAUAUCUGGCCCAAAAAUCUCCAUGCCUGAUGUGGACUUCAACCUGAAAGGUCCAAAGGUGAAGGGAGAUUUUGAUAUGUCAGGAGACCUCAAAGCACCCAAAAUAGACAUUGAAGGUCCAGAUGUUGACAUUGAAGGUUCAGGAGGGUUUAAGAUGCCAAAGAUGAAGAUGCCAUCAUUCGGAAUCAAAGGACACAAAGUUGAGGGUCCAGAUAUUGAUGUUAAUCUUCCUAAAGCUGACAUUGACAUUAAGGGGCCCAAAGUGGACAUCAAAGGUCCAGAACUUGACAUUGAAGGCCCUGAUGGUAAAAUCAAAGGUUCGAAAUUCAAGAUGCCAUCCAUAUCAGGACCAAACAUCUCAAUGCCUGACAUGGACUUCAACCUGAAAGGUCCAAAGGUGAAGGGAGAUUUUGAUAUGUCAGGAGACCUCAAAGCACCCAAAAUAGACAUUGAAGGUCCAGAUGUUGACAUUGAAGGUUCAGGAGGGUUUAAGAUGCCAAAGAUGAAGAUGCCAUCAUUCGGAAUCAAAGGACACAAAGUUGAGGGUCCAGAUAUUGAUGUUAAUCUUCCUAAAGCUGACAUUGACAUUAAGGGGCCCAAAGUGGACAUCAAAGGUCCAGAACUUGACAUUGAAGGCCCUGAUGGUAAAAUCAAAGGUUCGAAAUUCAAGAUGCCAUCCAUAUCAGGACCAAACAUCUCAAUGCCUGACAUGGACUUCAACCUGAAAGGUCCAAAGGUGAAGGGAGAUUUUGAUAUGUCAGGAGACCUCAAAGCACCCAAAGUAGACAUUGAAGGUCCAGAUGUUGACAUUGAAGGUUCAGGAGGAUUUAAGAUGCCAAAGAUGAAGAUGCCCUCAUUUGGAUUCAAAGGACACAAAGUUGAGGGUCCAGAUAUUGAUGUUAAUCUACCUAAAGCUGACAUUAACAUUAAGGGGCCCAAAGUGGACAUCAAAGGUCCAGAACUUGACAUUGAAGGCCCUGAUGGCAAAAUCAAAGGUUCGAAAUUCAAGAUGCCAUCCAUAUCAGGACCAAACAUCUCAAUGCCUGACAUGGACUUCAACCUGAAAGGUCCAAAGGUGAAGGGAGAUUUUGAUAUGUCAGGAGACCUCAAAGCACCCAAAGUAGACAUUGAAGGUCCAGAUGUUGAUAUUGAAGGUUCAGGAGGAUUUAAGAUGCCAAAGAUGAAGAUGCCGUCAUUUGGAUUCAAAGGACACAAAGUUGAGGGUCCAGAUAUUGAUGUUAAUCUUCCUAAAGCUGACAUUGACAUUAAGGGGCCCAAAGUGGACAUCAAAGGUCCAGAACUUGACAUUGAAGGCCCUGAUGGUAAAAUCAAAGGUUCGAAAUUCAAGAUGCCAUCCAUAUCAGGACCAAACAUCUCAAUGCCUGACAUGGACUUCAACCUGAAAGGUCCAAAGGUGAAGGGAGAUUUUGAUAUGUCAGGAGACCUCAAAGCACCCAAAGUAGACAUUGAAGGUCCAGAUGUUGACAUUGAAGGUUCAGGAGGAUUUAAGAUGCCAAAGAUGAAGAUGCCCUCAUUUGGAUUCAAAGGACACAAAGUUGAGGGUCCAGAUAUUGAUGUUAAUCUACCUAAAGCUGACAUUAACAUUAAGGGGCCCAAAGUGGACAUCAAAGGUCCAGAACUUGACAUUGAAGGCCCUGAUGGUAAAAUCAAAGGUUCGAAAUUCAAGAUGCCAUCCAUAUCAGGACCAAACAUCUCAAUGCCUGACAUGGACUUCAACCUGAAAGGUCCAAAGGUAAAGGGAGAUUUCGAUAUGUCAGGAGAUCUCAAAGCACCCAAAGUAGACAUUGAAGGUCCAGAUGUUGACAUUGAAGGUUCAGGAGGAUUUAAGAUGCCAAAGAUGAAGAUGCCAUCAUUUGGAUUUAAAGGACCUAAACUGGAGGGUCCGGAUGUCGAUCUUAACCCACCUAAAGCUGACAUUGACAUAAAGGGACCUAGUUUUGACAUUUCUCGUCCAGAUCUCGACAUCAGAGGCCCUGAUGCAAAGUUGUCCGGUGGAUCCCUUGAUAUGGGAUGUCCCGAUUUCAGUAUUGAUAAACCAGAUGUCAAGUUUCCAAAGUUCAAAGGUCCCACAUUUGGUAUCAGGUCCCCAGAAGUUGAAGGGCCUGAACUGAAUAUUUCUCACGGAAAGAUGGAUGUGAAGGCACCUGAGGUUGACCUUAAUCUAGGGGAUGCAAAUAUCAAAGGACCUAAAUUCAAGGCUCCAAAGUUCCACAUGGGAGGCAAGAGCCCCAAAUUAGAUGUUCAUUUGCCAGAGGUUGACAGUAGUCUAGAAGCCCCUGAUGUUGACGUUCAUGUCAAAGGAAAGAAAGGCAAAUUCAAACUACCCAAAAUCAAAGAGAAAGCAAAGAAAGCUGAUGUAGAUAUUGACCUUGAAACAUCAGGUGUAGAUUUAGAUGUUGACUCUCCUGAGCUUCACCUGAAAGGAGCAAAAGUAAAGAAAUCCUUCUUUGGAAAACUUCAUUUCCCCGAUGUGGAAUUUGAUGUAAAAUCUCCCAAAGUUAAAGGUGAUGGCUCUCUGUCUGGUGGCUUGUCAUCUGGGAGCCUACAAGCCAAUAUUGGGGGCCCAGAUGUAAAUGUGGAAGUCCCAGAUGUAAAAACUAAGUCUAACAUAAAAUUUCCAGGGAUGAAAAUCAAAGGGCCCCAGGUAAAUGUACCUGAUGUAGAUGUAAAUGUGAACGGGAAAAAUCUGAAAGGAGAGGCAAGCCUUUCAGGAGGUUUAAAAGCUCCUAAGAUAGAUAUUGGAGGAGGAGGAGGAGGAGUAGAAGUAGAGUCAAAUGUUUCAGGAUACGGUGGACUACAUUUCCCAGAGGGACACGUAUCAUUCCCCAAAAUCAAUGUUUCAAAGUACCAUGGACCAGAGAUGGGAGAAGAUGUUGAUGCAGGAGCAAGAGCAGCAGUGGUGGGUGGGAAGAUUGAUGUGCAGGCUCCUUCGGUUAGCGGUAGUUCUCCGAGCCUGGAGCUGCACGGUGGUGAGAAAGUAAAGUCGAAGAUGCCAAGGUUCGGUUUUGGCAAGUCAAAAGCAAAGGGAGGUAGUGCAGCGGAUCUAAGCUUCCAGGGGCCGGACUCAGAACUGCGAGCCGGUGGUAGUGGCGGCGUUAAGGGCUCCAAAGAGUUGAGUUUAAGUCACGGGGAGUUAGUAAGUGGCAAGUUGUCAGUAGAGGGAGGAUCUGGGCUUGGUGCGUCCCCUAAGAGCAAGUCAGCCUCACUGGAUCUUUUUAAGAAAUCAAGGCAUCGGUCUUCCUCUGUGGCGAGUGACGAAGGAGGUCUGGCUGUGUCUUCCCCCUCAGGUCACUUAAGUGCUGAGGGUGGCGACAUCUCUGUAGAUGUUGAGGGGGCCAAGGUGAAAGGAAAGAAGGGCAAGUUAAAGUUUGGCACCUUUGGUGGUUUUGGCUCAAAGUCAAAGGGCUCAUAUGAAGUGCGACUGGGUGAAGACAGUGAAGAGAGGGUAGAGGUGAGAAGUGGGGGUGUAUCUCUCCCCUCUAAAAAGUCUAGAAUGUCUUCAUCCUCCAGCAGCGACAGUGGGUCUAGAGGUGGUUUCCGUUUCCCAAAACUCGAGUUGUCCGUGUCACCAAAGAAAUGAUGAAUUGUGAGGCUGAUUAUAAACUCUCUCACGUACUACCCAAUUAUUUACAACACCCCUAACUGCACAAGUAUUUAAAACUUGACAGAUGAGUUCACAUCUCAUCUCAUUAAGUUGUGCGCAAUGUAUCAAUACGUGUGUUGUUAUUCCCUUUGGACCUUCCCCACAAAUUUUACUUACAUGGGAUUGUUCAGACUACAAUUUAACUGUAAAUAAGAUGAAUCUGCAUUGUAAUAUUAUGUAUUGUCUUUUGUACAUAGUCAAAAAUUUAUUGAACCUAUUACCAUCUCACCAAAUUCAUACCAGUACCUCACAUAUUUAGUCCAAGUGUUGUCAUUCUGUUAAAAUGCAUUUAGUUAAGAUUAGGUGUGGUAUUUUUUUGUAUCCAGGGGGUCUAUUGCACAGAAAUAGUAUAGAUUCAAUUGUUAUUUUUAAGAAAAGUAUGUUUAUAUACACAGACACAAAAAAAACAACAACUACAAUUACUUUUCAGUUUUUAUGUAUGAAAUGAUUUACUUUUGUUUUGAAGCUUUGGAUAUAUAAUCGUUGCAGAAGCAUAUUUACUCAACAUAGAGUCGGCCCUGUAUAACAUUCUAUCAAGAGUGACAAUGCUGUCAGAGACCAUAAUUGCAAAUAAAAGCAAUGUUUAUGUAAACUCUAUUAACUGCUGUUAUUAACCUUUGAGAGAGAGAAGGCACUUAUUUUCUUUAUUUUAUUUUUUAUUUUUUUUUACAUCCAAUUUGAUUAUUACAAUUUGUCCCUUUUUGCUUCAACACGUUUAAUUUGAAUUCUACUCCAAAUGCCAAAACGGUGCAAAUUGUAAAAUAGUACAGCAAAUGCUGAAGAAUCCAUUUGUAUUUUUGCACAAUCAAGAGAUUUAGUAAUGUAAAGAAACAGAAUAACAGAAGCAAAUCAUGUUUUUUAAUGUAGACAUUGUAUUACAUUCAGGUGGAUCACUCUUUCUCUCUCACUGUCUCUCUCUCACUGUCACCCUCUCACUGUUCCCCUCUCACUGUCACCCUCUCACUGUCUCUCUAUUUCCCUCCCUCACUGUCUCACUUAAUGCAAGUCUCUGGGUGUUUGGUUAUACUAAAGAAAAUGUAUGACUAUCAUGAAUAAAGAGUCACGCUGUAUUUUUGUACCUGUAUAGGUAAACAAAUAUCUGAAAUGUUAAUAACAGAGAAAGUAAGCUGAAAAUUUCCUUGCUUUUAUUUGAUGGAGUUGGAGGUUUUAAUUCAUUUGGGUCUAUUGUGUUUCAUGUGUGCAUUCUGCAAAAUAAAUCUAAUAAACGGUGAAGAUACCAA